AUGGGUGAUCUCUCAGCUUUCUUGCCGCCGGAAGAGGCGUCGAGCCUACAAGAUCAGCAGCAGCAACGGAAGAAAAAUACGCACAAGCCUGCGCCACGUCAGCGGCCAGACGAUUGGAAGAAGCUGACGUGGCAGGAGCGGCGGCAGCACGUACGCGAGGAGAAGGACAAGGCCGAAGCGGCGGUUCUCGCGGAAGGCCUCGCGGCGCCGAUACCGCCUUCUAACAUCGGCUUUAAACUGCUGCAGAAGAUGGGGUUUAAGGGCCCUCCUGAGGCGGAACGGACGGGCGGAAAGGCGGAAUAUCGGAGCGCAGGGAGGAUGGUGAUGGCGGAAAUUGCGGAAGAGAGACAUAGAGGGGAAGGGCCAAGAGAGGAGGAGAAGAGUGGGGUGACGGUAGGAGGAGAAAAAAGGGGGGAGCGGGGGAAAGCAGAGUUUGGUGGGGACGAAGUGACGGGGGAAAGAGAGAAGACGUUAGUCACUGACGCUGGCAGCAGCCGGUCGCUAAAAACCCGCGUUGGGGAAUACUGCAGUGACCAGCGACCUGCAGCGAGUACAGGGGAAGCUAGUUUCGAGGACAACCUAGGGGAUUCAGGAGUACCUGCAACCACGCUCAACCGAAAAACACCCCUUGCGUGGGUUGAGCCUGUUGCGUUGAGCUUAAAACGGGACAGGAAGGGGCUGGGGAGGGAGGAGGAGGAGGAGCAGGCGGAGAGGCAGAAGCAGCUGCGAGCAGAGGCAGCAGCGCGGGUGAGGCAGAGAGGGGAAGAGGCGCUGAGAGGGGAGUUCGAGGAGCGGAGGAAGGGCCGGUGGAGCGAGUGGAAGGUGAGGGGUGCGCUGAGGAAGGCGAGAACGGCUCUGGUGCAUCUGGAAGGGGGGGAGGAGUGGCUUAAAGCCCAGGCUGUGCGGAUUGGCGCUGCUUCCUCGUCCUCCCCAGCUGCGUCUGGCUCUUUGAUGGGUGGUGGUGCAAUAUGUGGUGCUGGUAGUGGUUCGGAGAGAGGAGCUGGUGCUGAGAAUGGGAGAGACAGGAGGAGGAGAGUGCGGAAGAAACGGAUUGUCACAGAGUGUGAUGCUGAUGGUGUGAGUGAUGAGGAGUGGGAGGAGGUGGAGGAGAGGAGGGGAGAUGCGAGGGAGGUGGAAGGAGGAAGUGGAGGCGGGAGGGAGAAGGAAGGGGAGGGGGGAGAGGGAGGGGAGGCGGGGCAGGUGCCUCUGGAAGACAUCGUUUCUGAAGAGGUGAGUCAUCAUUGUGUGACAGUAGGAGUCUUUUAA